UAUAUAUAUAUAUAGGUUAGUUAGUUAUUGGCAGAGAGAGUGAAGCACUCGGAGUACUCUUCUGCCUUUGCGUAAAUGGAAUAGUACAUAUUAUUAUUACCUGUAUGUCCGUCCAUAUUUGCACUCAAGAAACUUCUCUGUAUAUUAUUAUUACUACUUUCCAGGUGUUGUUGACGUUGAGCUCAAUUCUUCCAGUAGAAUAGUUAACUAACAACCCCCGAACUUCCCCCGCGAUUAAGUUUAGUUAUAACUAAUACUCUUCUUAUAAUGGCUUCCCUCCCGCAAUCCCCAUUCCCAUCACCAGGGUAUUAAACAGGUUGUCGGGAGUCAACCGAUGAUGCUCUGUAUAUGGAGUAUAUAGACCACACUCAGUUCUCUCUCCCCCGCAUCAAUAGUAAAUCCUAACUUGAUGAAGUCCGUCAAGACACAUAUGGACUCCUCUGCGCCCAUCCAGGGACAGGCAGUUACAGUUAGCCUAAAAGAGCUUGAAGAGGGUUCCGUUUCUUUCGAGACAUUAACUGAAGCCUUUGGCCCGUCGUCACUCGGCAUCAUCAUCGUCAAAGAUCUCCCCGCCCGCUUCAAAGAGCUACGCGCCACAGCCCUAUCAAAUGCCUCAUACGUAGCUGCGCUCCCACAGGAUGAGCUCGACACCCUCUCCAGCCCCGCAUCCAAAUACCUCGUCGGCUGGUCCUGUGGCAAAGAAACCCUCCGCUCCGGCCGCUUCGACACCCUCAAGGGCUCCUACUACAUAAACUGCGCAUUCUACCAGGAUCCAUCCCUGCAAAAUGCGCCCGAGGACGGAUUUCCAGAUUUCCCCCAGCACACGGCCCCGAAUAUCUGGCCCAAUGCCCAGCACCUGCCCACUUUCCGCAAUAGCAUCGAGCAACUCUGCACCCUAAUCAUCGAUACCGCGACGCUGGUAGCGCGCGCCUGCGAUCGCUAUGCGCUGGCGAAUAUCGAAGGGUAUAAGAGCGGUUAUUUGGAGCAUGUUGUCAAGACGAGCUUGACCACCAAAGCGAGGUUGUUGCAUUACUUCCCCCCUGUGGUAGACGAGGCUGGAACAGACAGCGUGCAAAGAGGCGCAGGUGAGGACGACGAAGGUGAAGAAGAGGAUGACUGGUGUGCGACGCACAUUGACCACAGCUGCCUCACUGGCCUCACCUCUGCCAUGUUCGUUGAUGAGGAGGCGAAUCCGCCGAAUUCCUCCUCAUUGUCAAGUUCGUCUAGCAGCGGUAUCCCCGAAUUAUCCGCCUCCCCAGACCCGAAGGCUGGCUUGUAUAUCCGCUCACGGACAGGACAGGUUGUCAAGGUGAAUAUCCCCAAGGACUGUUUGGCGUUUCAGACGGGGGAGGCGCUGGAGUUGAUUACCAAGGGGAGAUUCAAGGCCGUGCCACAUUUUGUGAGAGGGGUGAAGAAUGUGAAGGGGAAGGUUGCGCGGAAUACGUUGGCUGUGUUUACGCAGCCGAAUCUGGGUGAGGAGGUUCAGGAGGGAAAGACGUUUGCGGAUUUUGCGAGGGAGGUGGUGGAGAGGAAUCAUUAGGCGUUAUUUUUUUUUCUUUUUAUUUUUUAUUUUUUCUCUCUUUUCUUUUCUUUUCUUUUCUUUGUUGUAUUAUAACCGUACUCCGUAUCGUAAAUUGAGACCUAGCUGGGCGGGGAUUUAAAUUUAUUUCAUCCUAUUUCAUUUAUUAUUUAGGAUUGCCUUUAUAUUGAUUACUCUAUGUAAACCAUAUCAUUCUAUGUAUGGUUGUGGCAGCGCUUGGAAACAGUAAAAAAUAUUCUGCUAACUAGAAGUAAAAUUGUAUGCUCAACUAUCACUUAGGCGCCAUUAGCUGUCUUAAAACGCUGAAAAUGGGGAUAGAAUACAGAGGUAUCUUGCUAGUAGUACAUGGGGAAGGACAAAAUAAAGAGGCAAAGGGGCAAACACUAAAUGCGUAGAAUGAAAGAAAAUGGACAUGAGCAA